AGUUGUCCAGCAGGAACAACAGCAGGUGGCUGGAUAGGAACACAGAAUGUCUUUGACUCUUGUCAAUACUCCACUCUUUGAGUCAAUAUAUUUUGAGCCAGCCACUUGACUCUCACAUAUGCAAUAUAUUAUUCUUAUAAGAAUACCUUAUCAAUUUUUUGUUACAAAUGUGUAUUUGCACUUUGUUUCUACAACGAAUUUGAUUUACAGUUUAAAAAUUAUCUUAAUUGAUUGAUUUGGUGCCAUUGCUUAUACAUUAAUGCAAUGACACAAUAGUGGUUUUGAGUUUAAGGCUUUGAGGGAUUUGAUAACAGAUGGAUAACAUUUUCUUAUCCAAAAUUCCGUUCACAGUUUGCAUUGUAUUUUGGCUCUCAAAUUAAAAAAAGUUUAUUUAGUCUUGGAGAAAUACAGGUGGAGAAAUACAGGAAGGCGGUACCGACACGAAGGCCACACAGCUUUAUCAUGGCACAGCAAAUUUCCAGCAUAUUUUGCUGUUAUUUAGUUUUAACCUGUUAUAAAGUGCUCGCAACACCUUAUUUUCCACCUACAACCAUAACACCAACAACAAGACCGCCAGAGCCUUCACCAACACCUACUCCAGUUAUAACUCCACUGUCCUCUGUCACUGUUUCUACUACUACAGCGCCCCCUAUCAAAGCCACUGUUAAUUCCACUGCCGGCGGUGAUGGAUCACAGGCCACUGUCAAAACCACUGCAUCCGGUACUGCCGCUUCCGUUAUCACUUCAGACACUUCAUUAACACCGGCAGCCAAGGUCACUUGUAUAAACGGAACCACAACUGAUUGGAGUGGGACACAGAAUGUCUCUGGCUCUUGUCAAUCCUCCACUUGUUGGGUGUUGGCAACCUACGUAGAUGACGAUGUGACCGAAAUCAAGUUGAGUUGCGCCUCGAAAGUGGAAACCUCGACGUGUAACAAGGGUGAAUGUAAAUAUGCAAGCGGUUCCUGUGAAUGUUGCUGCAGCACUGACAGAUGUAAUAACGACAACUUCGAAGAUAAGUGUGCUGGAGCUCGUGCCAGCAGUAGAGGGGUGCGCCUGUCACCACCAUGGCUGGGCUUGGUGAUACUUGUACUCAUGAUGAUGAAGACAUUGUAGGAAUGCUCUGACUAGUAUAUAUUUACAAUUUGCAAGAACUAAACAAGUAAUAAUUGUAAAAUGGAACUUAAAAACUGUUUUUAUCGUCUUCUUUAUCAACAAACGCUGUGAUUAUGGAUUUUACUGAAAAAUUAUUUUUUACAUAUCAGCGUAAUACUAAAAAGUACAUAAUCGAAGUUUUCUAAAAGCGUUGCAUGCGGAUUCAGUGAACUUGAGCUGUUAGUACGAGUGUAUUUUUGCGUGUGAAUCUUUCCAACAUGGACGUCACUGUGCCUGAUGUGCCUAAAUGAAAGUCACCUGUUCAAGAGGAAAACGUUUUGAUGGAUAUUCCUUAAAUACUUCACCGAAAGCAUUUCGUUUUUCUGAACAAAGUUUACAUUGCAAAAAUUUGAAAUCGUGUAAGUGGCGUGUUGUGUCACUGUAUUUUCUUUGGUGAUUGUUUAAAGAUGUUUUAGUCAUGUUUUCUAUGAUUGAACUAGGUCACUGGAUCAAGGUCACGAAUGAAGGUCACAAUAAUAAUAAUUAUUAAUAUUGAAAAUGAA